AUGACAUCGCUUUCGAAACAGCUCGAAGCGUUACGCACCUCAACGUCGAAGCAGUUAACAGUUGAUAAGGCUCAUGUGUCUUUAUUGUUCGAUAGAAAAGAAGCUCAAACCAUUGAUAGGGAAACAGCUUUCAAAAUCGGAUGGACGGGAUUAGACCAGCUAAGAAAACUUGACCCUGUUUUUGAAGGAGACUUUGAGUUUUUCGAUGAGACUGCUCUCAACUUCCAACGAACUUUAAUAUCGAAGGAAGAGAAUGAAUUAUUGAACAAAAGAAUAGAAAAGUUCCUGUUUCUCCUAAUGCCUUAUAUGCAACACUUUGCCUGCCAUCAAGUAUUGGAAUGGCUCAUAUUCAAAUAUCAAAUUUAUUCUUAUAAUGCCGAAAUGGUUAUGGCCAUAUUCCUACCCUUCCACGAAACGAAUGUGUAUGGAAGGUUACUAUCACUUAUAGAUUUCAAUUUCUCCACAUCAAAGGACUGGGGAUUCUUAGCUCAUUUCCACAAGAACGCUUCAGCUGUUUCAUUCAACAUUUUGGUGAAACAUGGUUUAUCUAGUGGCCAUUCGUUGGUGAGUCGGAUGUCCCGUCUCAUUGAUCAAGGAAUCCAAUUGGUUGGAGAGGAAUACCUUGAGGCUAAGGGACAACUGUUGUUUACUUUUUAUGCUAAAAUCAUGCUAGGAAUGCUCACUGAUAAUACUAAAAUUGAUGAUACGUUGUUGUCUAAAGUAAUUCCCUUGGUCGGUUCCGGAUUGAAGAGUUCCAUCAUGUCCUUCCGGUUUGCCUCGCUGAUGAUUAUAUGUCAGCUCUCUCUCACUGUGAAACUCGCCAGCAAUAUAGUGGAUUCAAUAGUGAAGAUCCUGUUAAUUAAAAUGAAAGAGUCCUCGAUUGAUAGCUAUCUCUCUUCGCUCGUUGUCCUUUGCCAGCAACAGGGAGUACAGCAGUUUUCCUCGAAGGCUAUGCUCAAAAUUUUCCGAAAGGAGCAAACCCUCGGAUUUUGGUCUGCGGUGCGUAGUCUGAGUGCCACUACAGAUAUGCUAGCUUUCCUGAAACCGUUAUGGGAAACUUUAUUCUCUAUUGUAACCUCAGAUGCCUAUAGUGAAGAAGAAAAAGACGCAGCUCUUCAUGGUUUGCUUCAAACGGGUGAGGCUGAUGUUCUCAAUGGAGAACAGGCUUCCGCUUAUCUGAUGAAGAUUGUGGAAGAAACUGAACGAGGGUUCGUCAUCACUUCGCAGUUCAAGAAAGUUUUGCAAGCUGUGUGCAACAGGCACUCCAAUGAAUUCAACACAAUCGUUGUUGAAUGGAAUACGAGGGAUGAGAAAGUCAUUCGUAAUUUCCUGGACACUUGCGAUUUGAACAAUUUACUUGUGAUGUUUGCCAAAGAAAGUUCUCUGAAGAAAAGAAACCGACGCCGUUCAGAAUCGAUCAGGAAGAGCGCAAGUGAUGAGAAGUCUGAGAAAAGUAAAUCAGCUUACGAAAAGGCUGAUGAAAUGGCUAAAACUUCCGAGUUCACUAAGCGUCAAGUAUUCUCAGGUGAUCCGCUGAAAAAGGCCAUUAAAUGGUUGAAGAAUUCUGAUUUUGAGAACUUAUACUGGGCUCUUGAUGAAAUGGCCUCAAGAAAGUCUUAUUUCGAAAGUAGACUCGAGGAGGAGGUUGAAGAUUUUGCUCUCAAUAUCAUUCAAACAUGUGUCUCGCGAAGCGAUGGAACUCUUUCCAGUAAAGUGAAGUCAGCGUUAUCUCAAGCGAAACUUUCCGAGCUUUACUGUGUCGCUCUCUUAUCUCGUUACGACAACAACGAAGCUCCAAGCAAGAAAGCAAGAACCUCACAAAGCAACAUGGACGAUAUCAGAAAAGCUUUCGAAGGAGAACCCCGAGAGAAGUUCGAAAAGCGUCAACAGUUUGUUCUCGAACUCCUCAACAUUACUCCCAAGUUACCAAUUGGUGCGAAGAUUAUCAACGCACUUUUCGAAGUCGUUAAAGAAGUUGAUGCUGCUGCCGAUGGCCAACAACAGUUUUUCAGCCAACAGUUAGCCAUUGGAAUUUUGUGCCGUAUUUUGUCUGAUCCAGGGAAAUACAAGGUUACCGUGGCUGAUCUUCAAAUGGAAUACGUUGUUGAGAUCAUGCGUAACACUCACAGUCAUCACAUUCUUCGUGAUUCCUUGAAGUUGUUAACUGCGGCCGUCAAACUAGACCCGUGUUCGGUUACUUCACAUGUUAUGGCCGUUUUUACUUUCAUGGGUAGUGGUCUAUUGCGCAAGGAUAAUGAGUUGACUUUGAGUAUCAUUGAGAGUACAUUGGAAGCUUUGUUCGUUGCUGUGAUAGCUCCAUCCAAGAACAGGAAUCGCGAUGCUAUCAUAAUGCAACUAAUCGGAGUUACUCGGAUAUUUGCUUCUUCCGCUUCUGAUAUACCUGCUCAUCGUCGUAGUCGUAUGGCAAAAGCAAUUUCUCGUGCAAUCGGAGUCGAGAAUACCUGGAUUGUGACGAGUGUCCUCUUGGAAGGUUUGUGCGCUAAGUGGCAAAGAUCUGCUACCGAUGCUGGCAAAAAAGCUGUUGAUAACGACGCUUUUGAGGAUAUAGCUCUCGAACUUUGUAUUGACAUGGGUCCAUCAGAUCAGCUGAUCGCCAUUUUCGAUUUAAUGCAAUUUGUUAUUCGUAUGUCUGGUGAUGCUAAUAGUAAGAAGGAAUCGGCCAGGUUAGACAAUGAAAUUUUCGACAGAAUGAAGUAUUCCUUACCCAAGCUGAGACAUUUCCGUUUCGUAAUUAUCGGUCUGGUAGUGAAGAUUCUGAGUCAACGCAACCUGUAUGAAACACUCGCCAAGUGCGAUGAUAACACUCUCUAUACUAUUCUCCUGCCCAUAAGUAAGCGACUGAUGAUAACAUCUGUAGAUUUGGAUGUGUUCAUACAAAAAGAAUGUGUUGCCAUAGAACAAAAUGGUGAUCCUCAGACUGUUCGUUACUGGGUUGCUUUACAAACAAAGGCCGAAAUAAUUUCGGAUAAGCUGAGACAUUUGCUGCCUGGUGGCGUAGCUGCUAAACUCAUUGCUGAAGUUCUUCAAGAUGAAAAAGCUGAUUCUCAAAUUAGAGAGAAAGCUCUGCAAUUGGCAAAUCUCAAGCUCAUGCAGGAUGGAUACUUCUUCUCUGAUGGUGGCAUCAACGAAGAGCAUCUCGUACAGCUGGCUUCUGUUCUUAAUCAAUGGAUCGCUCCACAUCGAUCAAAGGCUGAAUCCAUCUUGCUGUGUCAAAACGCCGCUUUCAGUCUCAAACUGGUUGCGAAACGGCUACCAGUUCAAUCCGAAUCCAAUGUACUCACUAUUACAAUGGAGAAAUGCACAGAGACUGCUUCACAAUGGCAGACGCUGGAUGAAUACAUGGUUGGUAACGUCUUGUUGUUAGCAGGAGAGCUUGUUCGCUCUCAUAACAUGAGAUGCACAAUGCUAUCUGCCGAGCCACUCCUGAAAAUAUGCUUGGAAGUGUUAUAUGAUUGUCUGACCAGUACUCUGAAGGAGCAAACUGGAGAAGAGGAUAACAAUCUGAAUAAGAGACAACGUGUGAGGCAGCAAUCUCUCUGUGGAAGAAAGCAUGGCAGUGACACUUUAUUGAUAUGUGCGCUGACAUGUAUGCAGAGAGUACUUGAUAAAUACUCUGCGUUCAUAACAUCGCAUGUGGAAUCCGUAGUCGUUUGUUUCGCCAGAUUAUGUGCCAGAUUCUGGGAUGCUGACGGUGAAGGCGGAAUAGCUAGUAUUCUCCUGGGAAAUAAAAAUAAUACAGCAAACAAUAAGGCGAGCAUUCAUCAUCGCUUGUCCUUAGUUCGCUCAGCUUUGCAACAAAUUGAGCCACGUGUGCUUCCUGUACAAUUCGGUGGCGCUGUUGUGCAAUUGAUUAAAGAAGAGAAGUGUCUCCAUGCUGUGUUCGCCGUACUCCGUGGUUUCUUCACAAUGAAAAAUCGUGAAGCUGUUUGUCGCAUCAAAUCGGAAUUAGUUGAAACAGUAAUCUUGAAAGCAUUGGAACACAGAUCGCUGGUCAGGACACCAGAGCAAUUUGAGAAUGUAUGCAACGUGGAACUAUCCAUUUUCUCUGCACUUGUGAAAAUGGUUGACAUCCUUAGUGAAAACGAAAUUCGCCCCUUCAUCAACAUUAUCAUUCAAUGGGCGGAGACUGGCCUUACAUCUAAUGACAUCAAUCUUAAAGUCAGAUUGAUAACAUUAUUCAGCUUCGCUAAUCACUUCUAUCAAUCAUACAACUCCCUUGCCACCCCAUACUUCUCUAAACUAAUUGAUAUUGGAAAUGCAAUUUUGAAACAAAGCAACGCAUCUGCGGCCGUUGAUACUACUCAAUUAAUUUUCAACGGCAAAAAACACACAAUAGAAGGGGUUGAAGCUGAUUAUCUGAUCACACAAGUUUUGGACUUCAUAGGCAACUAUGGACGACACACUCACUUCCUCAGCACAGAGCGGGCUGAAUCGCUUAUUGAUCCACUUGUGGAAGAAUUGGCCAAUACCAAGAUAGCUGGGCAUGAGAAACGAUGUGUACCUUAUCUGGCUGAAGCUUUGUAUAGAGUUUCUGAAGCUACUAUAGAUACAUUCCCAGAGUUGUUGAACAAAGUUCUUAUGAAGACCAGGAAUAAUCGUCCCAAGAUUCGUUAUCGUACCUUGCUUGUGGUGGAAGCUCUCUUUGAUAAAAUUGGAGACAGUAUUGCUCCUCACCUUCCACUUGUUAUGCCUUACUUAUCGGAAUUGUUAGAAGAUGAAAACGAGAAUGUUGAAAAUCAAUGUGGUAAAGUUGUGCAGUUGUUACAAGAUAAAUUCGGUGACAAUAUAGCCGAAGGAUUUGCUUAG